AUGGGUGCUGGCAGACAGACAAAGAUGGUUGUUGAGACGGUUUUUAAAAAGCUAUACAUUAUCCACAUCACUGAAGUCGGGAAUACUGAGUGGAAAUAA